UCCCCAAAUACUCCCCCACCCCCUCCUUCGCUCUCUCUCUCUCCAAAAAUCCAUUUUCUCCCUCUAGAUCAAACACUCAUGGCGAAGCGCUCUUCCUCACCCCUCUGGUUCUCUCCUCUCUCAUCCCUGCUCCUUCCCAGAGGCGACACGCUCUGGUACAUCAUUGCUCUAUUCUCCAUUUUGUCACUCCUCAUCCACCACCUCUCUAUCUCAUCCGUCGCUGCCGACUCACACUUCGAAGGCUUCGACGCCGAAGACGACGAAACCCUAGAAGACGACUCGCUCCGACUCACCGAUCUCCCAAUCCGAUCUUCACCGCCUCCAACCCUAACUCAGUCUGAACCCGAAUCCCACCAUGGCCCUCCUGAUCCAAACCCACCCACGACCGAUGAUUCAUCUCAGCCGGCCGAUCUUUCUCCGAAACCCUCAUCGACCUCCUUCGAUUACUGGGACGAAGACGAAUUCGAAGGCCUCCCUGUAGAAGCAACCCCAGAAGCCACAAAAGUAACCGAAACUGCAACUCCUGCGGGUCCUGGUACUGAUUCAGAAGCAAGUCCGCAGCCGAAGAAUGUUGUUGUUGUUCCCCGAUCGUACACAGUUGAGAUAGUCUGCGUCUCGUUCUUGAUUAUGUUUACAAUCAAUUACUUUAUGGGCAAGAGAGAGAAUGAGAACAUUGCUUUGGCUUGGGCUGCAAAAUUUGCGACCAAAGACUCCGUUUUUGAGAAAAAUUUCAGUCUGUUGGGGGUUGGCGAUGGUGAUGACUCGCCGUUGCUGUUGAAAGAAGGAACGAAUGUAUUCAAGUUUUAUGCAAGUGGGCGGCGGUUUUGUCAGGGGUUGUUGGCAACUAUGGAACUUCAGAGUCGGCACGAUUUGCUAUCGAGAUUGUACAAUAUGGUUGUGAGGUGUAGGGAUGAGAUGACAUUUGAGGUUUAUAUGAAUGAUGAUGCAAUGGAUCAGGUGGUUUUUGCUUUGGCAAAGAAGAAGGCGGCGAAAACGAUGCAGAAAGAGAUAAGGGAUCUUCAGAGGUUUGCUAGUUUGGUAUCCCCACCAAGUAAUAGGAAGUGGGUCACAGAGGAUUUGGCUGUUAUUUCAGAAUCGAAGGAGGUGGCCGGAGAUUUAAUAACUGAGGCAGUGCUUGAUCAGGUCUUUGGUGACAAAGCUUUUGAGAAAUUUGGAAAGGGUUUCAUCUCAAUGCAUUUCUCUGAUCAACACUUGAGCACCCAAAAGAAGGUUUUGAUGUUCAAGUUUGCUCUCCCUGAUGCCGAUCAUAUGGCUGACAUGACCCGGUUGGUGGCUCUGGUUCCCUAUUACAUUGAUUUAAUUGGGCGAUACAAGCUCAGUUCACAGGCUCGAUCAAAAACUGAAGCAGCGAGAUUGAAGAUUGCCCAGGAGUUGCACAAAGAAUAUCAAAGGGAUAGGCAAGAAGCCAUGCAGAAAAGAAAGGCAGAACGGAGAAAAAUGGUGGAGGAGGCCGAGGCAAAGCUCAGUGCAGAGUCUAUUCGCAAAAAAGAGGCAAAAGAGCGUGCUCGCCAGAUGAAGAAGUCGAUGCCAAAAGUGAAGAUGAGCCGUGCUUAGUUCUGAAAUAGCACUUGCGCGUUGUAACUCAGUCCACAAUAUCCGGUUGGGUUCCCUUUCCUUCCAAGAUGAUUGUGGAUUUUCCUGUGUACUUUUAUUUGUUUGCAGUAGUUGACAUUACCACAACUUUCUGGCUUUUGAAUUCAGUCCACAAUUUCCAGUCGGGUUCGCUUUCCUUCCAAGAUGAUUGUGGAUUUUGCCCACUGUGUACUUUAUUUGUCCCAAUAGUUAGUGUUUUACAUUAGCACAACUUUGUGGUUUUUGAAUGUAGUCAUUUACUGUAAUUUUAAUGACAUCAUUGAAUAUCUUUGUCAAAACUAAUGUGGCAAUUAAGGUAACAAUUGUUGGCUGUUUUCAUUUUUUCUGCCAAAAUUUGUUAUUGCUUAUGUAAAACUCUUUUGACUCUAAACUGAGAAACUGUUUUCUAUUAUUAUCUUA